CUGCUAUCAACCACUGAUCCUCCUCACCGCCUCUCGUCGCGCCUUCUCGUUCGCCAGCACGUCUUUCUCUCUCCCGCCAACCGCAACAACCUGCAAUGGCCCGUCUGUGCCGCCAUCUUCUGCAGCCGAUACUGGGAUCUUCGCCGCCGCGCCUGCCGCUGACUGCGGUUUGCUCCUCCCUCGCCGGCUUGGGAUCUGCACCUGCUCGUCAGCGGACGUUCUCGGUCGCGGCUGGACAGCUACACGCGCGGCGACAGGCUGCGCGGAAGGACACUAGUGGAUGCUGUGUGAUUGCUAGGAGUGUUAUAGAUGUCAGCAAACAGUCGGGUGCGUACAGCGCGUACAGCUCGGGAUCAAGAAGAUAUAGUAGCACCUCACAAUCAACGACCCCGAUCUCAGGACGAACAAACACGCGAUUCAAGCAGCUCGCUGGCGGGGCCUGUCUUGUCGCGCUCGGUUUAUUUUUCCUACCCGACUCUAUCAAAUGCGAUGAGGCAGCAGCUGUCCAAGAGUCAUUCCCGACCCUCGAGCAGGUAGACGAGGAUUCACGAGCGUACCAGACGCGCGAGGAGUACCUUCUCUCGAUCUCGGAGGACAUGGACGAGCAACAGCACGACAACAGUAUCCCGCAAAACUCCUCCCUCCGCAAGAUCUACACAGUCUUUGAGAGCAUAUACGACUCCAUAGCCACCUGGGUCCGCUUCGCGCACCUGGUCUUGAUCUUCCUUCCCGUCGCAUUCACGUCCCCCGCGAUUCUGUUUGGCUCGAAACUCAAAGACUCGGACACCGAGACGACCGGAUCACUGUGGUGGUACCGACUACUGAUCUACAGCAUGGAGAGCGCAGGCCCGACGUUUAUAAAACUGGGCCAGUGGGCCGCCAGUCGCACCGACAUCUUCCCGCGCAUGUUUUGCAUCGAAAUGUCAAAGCUGCACUCGAGCGUCAAAAAGCACUCGCUCUCCGUCACCAUCGACGCGAUCGAGGACGCCUUCCACGGCGCAAAGUUCCGCGACAUCUUUGAGGAGUUUGAAGAGGAGCCGCUCGGCAUCGGCGCCAUCGCGCAGGUCUACAGAGCUAAACUGUCGCCGGAUAUAUUGAAGAGCGUGCCGAAUCCCAAGGAUCGCGAGAAUGCCUGGGUCGCGGUCAAAGUCCUACAUCCGCAUGUCGAGUCCCGCGUGCAUCGGGACCUACGAAUCAUGGAGUUUUUCGCCUGGGUGCUCGACAAGAUCCCGACGAUCGAGUGGCUAUCACUCCCGGGCGAGGUCGAGCAGUUUGGAACGAUGAUGAAGCUACAGAUGGAUCUCCGAAUCGAGUCGACCAACCUCGCGAUCUUCCAGCGCAACUUCAACAAUCGGGAAAACAUCCACUUCCCGGUCUCGUACUCUGCGAUUCUACCCAACAUGGACGCCAGACGCGUGCUCAUCGAGGAGUACGUACCUGCCAUCCCCAUGGAUCGGCUGCUAAGUCUGCCGUCCGACGGGCGUGGACAGGUCGAAGAGGAGAUUGCAGACAUGGGUCUGAACGCGUUCCUAAACAUGCUUCUGAUCGACAACUUUGUCCACGCCGAUCUGCAUCCGGGAAAUAUAAUGGUGCGGUUCGUGAAGAAGCCGAAACUGCGAGAGUCUCUAAUGCAGGCAAACCAAAAGUUCAACCAGCUCUUCAACCGCGAUCUGUCAUUCGACAUCGAAGCCACAAACGCAAUCACAAAGCGCCUGCUCGCGAUCGACGACCCGGCUCAGUUCAGACACGUGCUCGAGGAACUCGACGAGGACGGGUACCGUCCGCAAGUCGUCUUUCUCGACGCCGGCCUCGUCACCGAACUCAACGCCGUCAACCGGCGAAAUUUCUUGGACCUGUUUACGUCACUCGCGACGUUUGAUGGUUACCGCGCGGGCGAGCUGAUGAUUGAGCGGUCGCGAACGCCGCAGACGGUCAUCAACGGCGAAGUCUUUGCGCUGCGCAUGCAACGCCUACUGCUAGGCGUCAAGAGCAAGACUUUCGCGCUCGGAAACAUGAAGAUCGGCGAUAUCCUGCAAGAAGUCCUGAGCAUGAUCCGCAAUCACCACGUGCGCAUGGAAAGCGACUUUGUCAACGUCGUGCUCUCGGUCCUCCUGCUCGAAGGCAUCGGCCGCCAACUCGAUCCGAACCUCGACAUCUUCAAGAGCUCGCUGCCGAUCCUGCGCAGACUCGGCGCGAUCUCGGCCAUGAGCGGAAAUUCUGACCUGUUGUCCGGACAGUCGGUCUCGUCGAUGGUUAAAGUCUGGGUCGCGCUUGAGGCGCGCGAGUUCGUCACGGCUUCGGCUUCUGAUAUCAAACGGCUUGUCAAAUACGACCUCCUAUGUCCAAACGUGUAAAAUACGCCUACACUAUCUCCUCUCUGUUCUAGACUCUUGGAUGUCAAGUUACUUAGAAGUGGUGCCAAUCGCAGACGUCGGAGAAUUUCUUUGCGCAGUCUAUAAUAGAAAAUAUAAUCAAGGCUAUAUACAAAGAGAUAUAAAACAAAAUAAACAAAGUAAAAU